CCCUGGAAAUUAAGCCAGAGAGACAAUAAUAAACAGUAUCUCUGACCUUUCACAACGCUUGCUUUGGCAAAUUGCCUUCUUAAAAUCCGAAAAUGGCAGAAAACACUCCCAAAGAGGUCCCUUGGCACGCAGCGUACCCAAAUCCAAAGUCCGUUGUAGCUUCGUUACCUCGCCAUGAAUUGCUGGAGUGGUUCCGGGACGGGAAGAAGGCCGGAAAGGACUUUGUGCUUGUUGACGUGCGGCGCACUGAUUUCGAGGGUGGUACCAUCCGUGGUUCAAUCAAUUUGCCAGCACACAGUCUGUAUCCGACGUUACCGGCAGUGUAUGCGCUUCUAUCCAGUAGUGGCGUGAAGCAUGUUAUCUGGUACUGUGGCUCAUGCAACGGACGCGGCCCUCGUACGGCGAGUUGGUUUGCAGACUACUUGGCCCAAGAACAAGACACGACUAUGCAGAGCUUGAUUCUGGAAGGCGGAAUUAAAGGCUGGGCUGCAGCUGGUCCUGAGUAUACCGAGUUGAUGGACGUAUAUGAUGCAAGCGUCUGGACUAAGAAGUAAAGCUGCAGUAUGAAUUGGCAGUGUCAUGUAUACAGGGGCAUGCUAGAUGAUAAUGACUAUACGUUGAUCCUCAAGGUCUUUACUAUCUGUACAACGAGGUUGUACUUGCAAGAAUAUCUAUUGAGACAAGAC